AUGGUUUUAGCAGAUUUAGGGUCACGUCUUAGAGGUGCAUUAUCCAGUGUUGAAUCUGGGUCUGAGACUGAGAUUCAGUCCAUGAUCAAGGACAUUUGUAAUGCAUUAUUAGAAUCAGACGUUAAUAUCAAAUUGGUGGCCAAAUUAAGAGAUAACAUCAAAGCCAAAGUCAAGACACUGAUUAAUGAUGAAGAAAGUUCGACCAACAAAAGAAAGAAGUUACAGAAGAUAGUGUUUGAUGAAUUAUGUUCGUUAGUGGACUCUCAUGAAGAACCACCAAAACCAAAAAAAUUAUCCCAACAACAGCAAAAGUCUAAGACCUUGAGAGGCAAAAAGCAACCAAGGUUACUGGUGAGUCGCAUGUUAUUAUGUUUGUUGGUUUGCAAGGGGCUGGUAAAACUACAUCGUGUACGAAGUUAG